GUCAAGAGCAAGAAGUUUUGGAUUUGCCGUUUUUCAGCUCAGUGCACCGGGCUUUCCACUGAUUCUUGGAAAAUAUGGUAUCUGCUGUUAACAGACGGAAGGCCCUUGCUCUGCUUCUGCUGCUGAACCGCAUUAAUAGGAGGAAGAAGCGAGUCUGGGUCCACGAGUUAAACCAACGAAGGAGACAGCGAGGAGCAUUUUAUCAGCUGGUGGCCGAGCUGCAGUUUGAUAGUGAGCUUCACAGAAAAUAUUUCAGAAUGACUCCACUACAAAUGGACUAUAUCCUCUCUAUGAUUGGAAGCGAACUACAGAAACAGGAUACGAACUACCGGAAAUCUAUUGAGCCCAAACAACGACUUGCUGUUACACUAAGGUUUUUAGCUACUGGAGAGUCUUUCAGGAGUCUGGCAUUUGCAUAUCGGCUUGGGCGGAAGACGGUGGCUGAUUCAGUAUACAUGACAUGCAGAGCAAUUGUGCAAAAGCUGCUGAAUACCUACAUGCCAAAGCCAACAGAGGAGGCAUGGAGAGAGAUUGCUGCUGGUUUUUGGGAGAAAUGGCAGUUCCCUAACUGCAUAGGUGCCAUAGAUGGCAAGCAUAUCACAAUACAAGCACCAGCAAACUCGGGUAGCCAAUUCUUUAAUUACAAAAAUACCUUUUCAAUUGUGUUGCUUGCUCUUGUCGAUGCAGAUUCGCGCUUCAGACUUAUUCAAGUUGGCGAUUUUGGUAGAUCCAGUGAUGGUGGUGUGUAUGCUAAUUCUGACUUGGGAGUGGGGAUGGAUGAUCGAACACUCAACGUGCCAAAGGACUGUCCCCUGCCUGGGACAAAUCAGUAUGGCGAUGUGCCUUUCAUGAUGGAGCGGCGCCUGCGUCAGCAGAGAGAGGUGCUGGAACGCGAGCGCGAGACGGCCGACAAGAUCGCCGCGCGGGCCUUCGCCCAGCAGUACCUGGCCGACCUGCUGCCCUCCGUCUUCAGCUCUCUCCGAGACCACGGCUACUUCUACGACCCCGUGGAGAGAGAUCUGGAGACGAGUUUCCUCCCAUGGAUGAUGACCGGAGUCUCCGAAGCCUUGGAGAAACGCAAUGCGGCUAGAACUGUUCUGGACAUGCUCAUCAGAGAUGUUGCAGAGCAGAGACUGGAACUCCACCAGCCCCUGUUGGAGUAACCAUCAGUGAGAUGAGCAGGAGGGGGCGAUGCUGCGCUGAAGGGAAAACAGUCCGAAGAUUUUUCAUGAAUGGGCCUAUAUAAUUAUUAAACGUUUUGAAUGCAUGCUAGAUAUUUUGUGACAACAUUAUAAUUGCGUCAAGUGAAUAUAAAAGUGUAGUAAACUUAAUUUGGUUUAAACACAA